UAUUCUUAUUUUGGAGUCCAGACUUAGCAGUUUGCAAUCCGUGCAGCAGUAUCACAACUUUGAUUGAAUUUUUUUUCGUUCUUAAUAAGGUUAUUGUAAUAAAAAAAAAUGUCCUCACCUUUUGAAGAAUUAUUCACACCGAGUGAUGUGAUCGAUGACUUUCAAAGCAAUGAUCCAACUGCAACUAUAGUGGGUUAUGUGGACCAUAUUUUAAGUAACGGUGGAACAAUGACUGGUAAUAUCUACUACAAAAUUGUCGUCAAUAAUGGAAAUGGCAAAAGAAUCCAAGUCAUAGGAUGGCAAGAUAAUGUCAACAAAUUGGAAGAAUUAAAUCUAGUGAGCAAUGACGUUGUAAAGGUGCAAAAUGCAAGAGUGAAAAUACCAAGAAACGCAGCCUACAACUCUGGAAGUGUACAUUUUGAAUUACAAUUAGAAGAAGCCCAAACGCGAGUGACCCGUCUAGGAUCACUUACUGCACCACCAAAUGAUGAUGAUAAUCUACCUUUAAUUUCACUAAUUGAUGCAGAGAAUUUUAUUAAAAAAGAAAUACGUAUUCGAGGCUGGUUGAAAACCAAUUUUGGUCAUUUUGUACAUCAACAGAUGAAUUUUUGGGUAGCUUCAAUUUGUGAUGAUAAUGGGAAUAAAUUAGAAGUAAAGAGUAAUACCCAGAUCACUGAACCUGAGCUGAAUAAAGGAGAUUUCGUUGAAAUGAAGGGUGUCAUCGAAAGCCAACCUCCUGGGCCUUUAAUCUUGAACAUAAUUGGAAAUAUAUCAAUCAGUGAAAUGGAACAACCAAAAUCAUUUGAACAUUUACUAUUAGCAACUAAUUGUACCACUGUGCAUCGGACUCCCCGAUACCUGCCUGUAAAACUUGCCAUUAAAGGAAAAAUACACAUUGUUAAACAGAAACCUAGUGUAUUCAAUGACCUCCUCGAACGGAAUCUUGGAUGUAUUGACGAUAAGCUCAUAUCUACGAUCCAAACAAUCCACCACGUCCUCCAACAUCACGUUGGUGAACAAGGAUACCACAUCCAUAGAAAUGAAACAAUAAUUAUGGGGGAUAUUAACAUGCUUGAUUUUAUUGAUUAA